AUGAUAAGAAGGACAAUGGCUACACUUCCGCCUGUGGCUCGCCUGUCGAUUGCGCCCAUGAUGGACUGGACGGACCGCCACUACCGCUUUAUGAUGCGCAUGAUCACGAAGGAGACGCUGCUGUACACCGAAAUGAUAGUGGACCAAACUCAGCUGCUGCACCAGAAGAAGAACCUCGACUACUUCUUGGGCCAUGACGCCGUCGAAGCUCCACUGGCACUGCAGCUGGGCGGUAAUAGUGUCGAACAUCUUAGUGCUGCAGCACAUCUGAGCCAGUCGUUCGGCGGCUUCUGUGAGAUCAAUCUGAACACUGGAUGCCCUAGUGCACUCGUGUCCAGCCGCUGCUUUGGAGCACGCCUGAUGCUGGACCCGGAUCGAGUGCGGGAGAUCUGUGCUGGUAUGCAGCGCAGUGUCGCAUUGGCAGCAGAGACGGAUCCAGAUCAAGUGCCAGCAGAGGUGACGGUCAAGUGCCGCAUCGGCGUGGACGACUGCGACAGCUACGAGGAGUUGUACCAAUACAUAGCCUCUGUCGCGAAAGCUGGCGUGCGUCACUUCAUCGUACACGCGCGCAAGUGUUUCCUGAAGGGGCUGAGCACGAAGGAUAACCGCACGAUCCCUCCGCUUCGCUACGAGGUCGUCUACCAGCUCAAGCAUGACUUUCCUGAGUUGCAGUUCACGCUCAAUGGCGGCGUACAGAGCAUCCAGCACGCCCGAGAACUUCUGGACACUACAAAUGUAGACGGUGUCAUGAUCGGACGCGCGGCCUAUAACACGCCAUGGAACUUCCGCGACGCCGACCGGUUGAUCUUCAACGCUAAGCGCAACCCGAAUCUGUCACGGCGGGAAAUCAUUGAGCAAUAUCUCACGUACGCCGAGGAGCUGCAGUCGAAGUGGGGGUCCACAACACCGCUGGGUGAGUCGCCUUACACCAUGGCCACAUCUGCAUUGCUGAAGCCGCUGUUGGCUCUUUUCAACGGCGAGAUCGGAGGAAAAGCAUUCAAACGUAGCGUUUCGGCUCAGUGGGCACGAAAGGGGCCACGUCCGGAACUGCGCGACAUGAUCGAAAAUGCCGUAAAGGUUUUGCCCGACGAGGUGCUGGAUGCGCGUGUUGAGGAUGAGCUCGCUGGUCAAGCCUGUCCGCAGAUGGACGACGUGCAGGCAUUAGACUGCUGCUAG